UCAAUUAAUAAGCUAUCUCAAGGUACAGUUUAGUUAGCAACAUUAAUAGAGCCUUAUAACCUAAUAAUCUUUGACCAUAACAACUUUUGUCUGUACAGAAGAUUGAAGGAAAAAAAGACGAGAGACUAUUUUAUACUCUUCAUCUUUUGAUUGAUUCAUUUCUAAUCUUAACAGGCACAUAAUAAGUGAUUACAAUUACUUCAACAGAACUACUCAAUUAGGUGAAUCUCCGCCUUCUCAAGUGCUCCAAGUUGGACUUUAGUAGCAAAUCGUAUUUUUCAAUCUAACCAAAACACAUAAUCUUUACUGGUCGUCACAGUUUACUCACAGUUCAUCUCAGAAACAUGUUGCCUCUUUUUUCAGCCUCAUUCAUUUUAACAUUAGUUUUUCUUUAUAAGUUUCUCAAUUUUUUACCUUUCUUUGUUAACAUCUUAAACUGGAUUGGAUUGUUUAUUGUUUACCUUUGUAGUUCAUGGAUAUUGGCAAAAUUGAUUCACAAUUACAUUUCUUCUAAACUUCUGGGUCCUCUUCCAACUACUGGAAAAGCUGUUCUCAUCACUGGGUGUGAUUCUGGUUUUGGUCAUGGAGCAGCAUUGCAACUCAACAAGUCGGGCUUUCGUGUGUUUGCUGGUUGCCUGUUUCCUGAUGGGAAAGGAGCCAAAUCAUUGAAAUCAUCAGCCUCUAAUCGAGAUAAGAUUCAUAUCAUCAAAUUAGAUGUUACCAAAGAUGAGGACAUCGAAACGACAGUCAACUUGAUUAGUGAACAUCUCAAUAAAUCGGGUGAAACUCUUUGGGGUAUCGUUAAUAAUGCUGGUGUUGGAAGAGUUGGUAAAAUAGAGUGGGGAUCUUUUGACAAUCACUUUCGCCAGCUGUUUGAUGUUAAUGUUUUCGGAGUGGUCAAAGUGACUCGAGCAAUGUUGCCUUUACUCCGUUCUUCAUCUGGACGUGUAGUCACCAUUUCAUCAAUCAAUUCAAAUAUGACCUUUCCCAACACUGGAGCUUACUCAAUGACCAAAGCUGCUUUAACUCCUUUCCAAGAUGCGCUGAGAGCUGAAAUUGAAAAAUUUGGGGUCAAAGUUAUAUCUAUUGAACCAAGUUUCUCAUCAACACCUAUAAUUGACCAAAAAUCUGUUGACAAACUUUACAGUGACUUAUACGAUAAUUCACCCAAAGAAAUUAAAGAGAUUUACUAUGAGGAUAAAAUGAUGGAAAAUUUAAGGCAACUCCUAGCAAUUCCUUGUCGAUAUCUCUCACCUGAAGCAACAUAUGACAAAGUAAUCAAUAACAUCGUCAAAUCUUUGACUGAUUAUGAACCAUCCUAUUGUAUGCCUGCAACUCCACCAGUAAUGUCAUUUGUCUACACAAUUUACCCAAGUUUUCCACCAGAAUUGAAGAAUUUAAUUGGAAAGAUAUUAAUGAGACUCUCAAGAUCAUUGAAUUUAGAUUAAAUCCUGCGUUGAUUAUUUGCUGGCAAAUGUAAAAAAUGUAAUCCUUGAGUUUCAUGCUAUCUUUUUGGCAAUAACAGUGUCAUUGGACGGUCAAAUUAAUUUUAUUUCAAUAAUUGUCUCGAUGAUUAUGACAUGAUGAGGUAUAUAUCGUUGAUUUUAACAACGAGCAGAAUAAAUUAGAGAUGAUUUUACCUCUUUUGUAAAUUAAAAAGAGUCGUUAA